CGAUAUAUACCUUCCUAAUAUGAAAUAAAAAUGUUACCCAGAUGACAGUUUGUUGAUCUGUUACUAUGGUGACGAGAUGUGAUACAAGCCUUCUGUGAUAUUUGUUUACUGUGAAAGAUACACUUGAGAGAUGAGUUUGCCAAGGCCGUCUGGGCUGAAGGCCCCGUCUGGGUCCAAACUAGCGCGACCAGGUGGAGGGAUCCCACAAAAGUCGGGUCUGAUGCAACCAGGUUCCUUGUCAAGGGCACAGAGUCCGGCACAUGCGUUGAAGCACGGUGCAAUAGCAAAAAGUGCGAGAGCUGCGGGUAUGAAUUCCAGCGUUGCCGAGAGGUAUGCUGCGGACACCGCACAGGCUCUGGCAGGUGAAGAAGAACUUGCAGGACCGCCGCCACCGCUGGAUGAUUUUAUAAUCGGAGAUCAUGUGUUUGUAAGUGGUUCUAAACCAGGAUUUAUUGCCUUCCUUGGAGAGACACAGUUUGCCCCUGGGGAAUGGGCAGGAGUUGUGCUGGAUGAAACUAUUGGCAAAAAUGACGGAUCCGUGAAUGGAGUUAGAUAUUUUCAGUGUGAACCAAAACGUGGUGUGUUCUGUAGAAUUUCUAAGUUAAGUCGGACUCCGGGAAUAGCGGGAGCAGUAAAAUCUACAGAAGAUGGCGCAACUUCUGAGGCGUCUAUGCCAGUGAAUGGUGAUAAUACGCCUGUGAAUAAAAGACCAACAACACCAAGUAUGAUGCAUAGACCAACGACCCCUAGUCAUGGGGAAAGUCGAAUUGCUCGCCCAACGACUCCUAGUUUACCGAGAACUGUUAAUAAAUCUCUGUCUAGCUCAAAUACAAGUUUAAAUAGAGGACACGCCCCCGCUAAAGUGAAAUCAGAUUCACUGACGUCAACCCCAGCUGCUGGGGGAAUUAAACAUAAUCUUAAUAUAGGUGAUAGGGUAUUAGUUAGUGGAUCAAAAUUAGGAACGUUACGUUACCUUGGACCUACAGACUUUGCAAAGGGGGAGUGGGCAGGCGUAGAAUUAGAUGAUCCUGUCGGGAAAAAUGAUGGCGCUGUAGCUGGAAAGAGGUACUUUGACUGCCGUCCGCGAUAUGGUUUGUUUGCACCGGUACACAAAGUCACAAAGACGUCUGUUACGUCAACACCAAACUCCAUGUCCAGGUCAGUGGGAAGCACGGGAAUGCGUCUAAGUCGGGAACGCAGCGGAAGCCAGGAGUCUGUGAGCUCAAUGAGCUCGGCAACAUCCAGCGCAUCAAGACCGAGGGUAAGGCUCGGCGUGUCAGGGCUCGGAAAUAACCAGCCGGCUGCGGGACGUUCUGGCCAACGACCUAGUUCUCUCAAUAUCACUGCAACCACAUCUGCACUACAGAAAGCUCUGAAAGAGAAAGAGGAACAUAUUGAGCAGUUGCUGAGGGAACGUGACCUUGAGAGGUCAGAGGUCGCAAGGGCAGCAGCACAGGUGGAGGAGGCACAGGACCAGCUGACCCAAUUGCGAGCAGAGAAGGAAAGACUGCACGAGGGAACUGAUGAAAGUAUACAACAAUUGAAAGCUAAAGUGCAAAAACUGGCGAGCGAGAAACAUGACCUUGAAGAAAAAUUAGAUGACGAAAAAAGGAAAGUUGAAGAUUUACAGUUCCAGAUAGAAGAAGAGGUGAUCAGUAAAGAUGACUUGGAGAGUAGGACAGAGGAAGAGGAAGCGAAGAUAAGGGAGUUGGAGAAAUCAUUGAAGAGAGAGAAGGAGAAAACAGAGAAGUUGGAAACAGAAAUGCUCACUUACAAGACAAAGUUGGAAAGACAUGACAAACACAUGAAGUCAAUGGAGGAGACACAGACAUCCUACCUUGAUCAGAUAGAGGAGCUCACACACAAGCUCACUCAGGCUGAGCUUAAAAUAACCACAUACGAUUCCUCUAGGCUGGAAGAAGGUGCUAAGACAAGUCAAGUUAGCCUGGAAUUAGAGGAGAAGACAAAUAAAGUUUCUGAACUUGAAGAUUUUCUGUCAAUGAAGAAUAAAGAAGUAAAACAACUUCAAGAAAAACUUUCAGAAAUGAAAGAUGAACUUGAAUCAAGAAGUAACAAGCUAGAAAAAAUACAAUACAACUUUGAAGAAUUGACAGAUAAAUUAAAGGCCAAUGAAGUGUUCAGUAACAACCUCUCUCUGGAGGUACAGAAUCUCAAGUCACGUAAUUCUGACUUAGAGAGGCAGCUGAAGGACAACCAGGAGAGAUAUCAACAACUUAAUGAAGAAAAAUCGCAUCUGGAGAGCCAGGUUGCCGAUAUGAUGAAAAAUUCGGGUGACAGUUCAAAUCAAUUGUCAAUGCUAAAUGAUCAGCUUGGACAGAAGAAUAGAAAACUAGAGGAAGUACAAGCCGACUUGUCGACUUCUACUCAAAAAUGGCACAACCUAAACAAUAAAUUUGAAACAAGUAUGAGAGAGAAAGAGAGAGAAAUAGAAAAUUUGGCAGCUAAAAAUGAUGAAAUUAAAUCUACCUUGACUAGUAAUCUUGAAGAUGUGCAAAAGGAACUUGACAAAACUAAAACAAAAAUUAUUAACAUGGAAAAAGACCAUGAAACGGAAAAAGAAACUAUUUUAAAAAGAAAAGACAAUGAAAUUACUGAACUUAAACAACAACUAGAGGUGGCCGCAGAAAAUGUCAGUAAACAGGAGAUACAAACACAGGCUCAUAAACAGGUGCUUGACCAGAUCACCAUGGAAAAAGAGGCAGUUCAGUUUGAAAAAGAGAAAGUUGAAAAACAAGUAAAGAGAUUAGAAUCUGAGCGUGAUUCAUUGAACAGUGAACUGAUACAGCUAAAAGUUGAGGCAACCAAAUCACAGACAAAUGUUGACCAGGCAGCGCAGGAGAGGGCUAAAGCAGAGGAAAAAAUUCAAGAUAUUACAGAAGAAAAAGAAAGAGUAGAGAAAAUGCUUGCAGGACUUCAGAAAAGUAAAGAUGAGGCAGUGUCAGAAAGGGAGAAGAUCACGGCAGAGAAGGACCAGUUUCAGAAAGAGACCAUGGAAGGAAGGGCAGCUCUGCAACAAAAAGACAUGCUGGUUGAAGAGUUACAAAAGGAGGUUGAGAGAUUAAAACAGGAGUCUAGUCAACAACAAGAGACGAUCAACCAGUUGUCACAGGCAACAGAGGAUUCUGGGACAAUGCAGAAGAAACUCGCAGAACAGAUGUCGAUAGUAGAGAUGUGGAAGAAAAAAGUCACUGACCUUGAGGCAGCUUCGCAGGAGGCAAAGAAGAAAUCUGAAGAACAACAGGGCGAAGUAAAAGCUAUAAAGAUAGAAUUGGAGGAAGCUCAGGAGACUGUGACUCUGCUUGAAGAGAAUGUGAAAGAUCUAGAACAAGAGAAAGACAGUCUAACAUCACAGUUACAAGGUGCUUUAGAGGCAAGGAAAGAACAAGAUAAGGUGCUGGGAUUGAAUCAGAAACUGAAUGAGGAGAUAGAAUCCAUUCAACAAAGACAUAGGAGUGAAGUUGAAAGUUUGUUAUCAGCCAAGGAGAGCCUUCAACAAGAAGUGGACAACACUACAUCACUGUUUGAACAGAAGGAAUCAGAACUGAAAGCAAAAGUACUACAGAUUUCAAACUUGGAAAAUGAGAACUCCAUGCUGAUUGGUUACAAAUCCUCCAAGGAGAAAUUAGAACAGGAAACAUCAGAGCUGAGAGGUAAAAUCAACAAGUUACAGAGCCAGUUAACAGAGUCCCAGUCCAAUGCAAAUAUUAUAAACAACAUAGAUACAACAAGUGUGAACACAGGAGGCAGUAGUGCACUCAUAGAACAGUUGAAAGAGGAAAACCUCACUGCACAAGGACAGGUUGAUUUCUUGAACUCUGUGAUAGUUGAUCUUCAGCACAAGAAUGAGGAGUUGAAGACACGGCUCGAAGCAAUGGAACAAGGUGUUACAAACGGUGCUGAUGACUCAAUGGAAACAACAACGACAAGACGUGCAGCACCACGAGUGUUCUGUGAUAUCUGUGACGUAUUUGACCAGCACGAGACUGAGGACUGCCCUCUACAGGAGAUGUCUGAUAGCCCGCCGCCCUCACAGUACCAUGGUGAAAGACAUCAGAUAAGGCCCUACUGUGAUAUAUGUGAAGCCUUUGGUCAUUCGACGGAACAAUGUGAUGAUGAACAGACUUUCUGAAGUUGCCAUGGAAACAGCCUUAUCCUAUAAAAAAUACAUGCAAUAUUGUGAUAUAAAUAGAGGAAAUGGACUAGGGUAUAUAAUGAUGGUUUGCUAAGUGCAUUUUGGACGGUGUAUGUGUUGAUAGACAGGACUGCCCGUUGUAUGUUGAGAUAGCCAUAGGAGAUAUUGACAAACUGCCUUUCAUUGCUGCCAAAUUCUCUUGAUAGAAUUUGAAGACCUGUUAUGUGUUUACAGUGUAGGAAACUAAAUGGUGAUUUAUGAAUGUGUCACUGGUACAGUAUAAGGCCCGAUUGCGUGAAGACAGCCAAGGUUGAGACUGCCCGUGAUAUGUAAGGAUAGCCAUUUAUUGAUAUUAUGAAUUUUCCUUUCAAUGUUCAGUUGCCUGGGAUAUACAGUUCUCUGACAGAUAGGAAAAUAAUUUGUUCUGCUGCAACUGAUGUAUGAGGAUCAUGUAGUCAUUAAAGUAUAAGGUACAGAUAAAUUGUCAAAAGGGGGUUCUUUAUAUGAAGUAUGUAUGCAAUGUAUUCCUAUUGUAAUGACUACAUAUAUUUCAUAUUUGAGCCUUUAAAUGUUUUGCACAUCUUCAAGAUGGAGUGUUACUAAGGUGCUUCUAGCUUUGUCCUUAAAUAAAGUGUAGUUAUUAAUUUUUCUAUUUCUUUCUCUUGACCAGAAGUUUUAUAUGAAGCCGUGUUAUAACAUGUUAUAUGGAGUUGUGAUGUAUUAUAACAUGGUAUAUAUGUACAUUGAUGUAAAAGCAUUAUAUUUUUAAAGGAGCAUGACUGAAUGUGUAGAAUAGAGUUGGAUUAUUGUAAUUCAUUAUUUGUUGAGAACCAGGGGCUGGCUGAAAACUAGUCUUUAACUUAGUGCUGAAAAAUCAAUUGUUGUCAAGUUCUUGCCUUUGAUUGUUCUUUGAUAUAAAAGGUGAUGUAAUAUGUUUUCCAUAUCAUCCUGUGACACAUUGUCUUGUAACUUAAUUUGCUGUGUCACAUUGUCUAUAUUAAGUACCGGUACUACUGAUGUCACAUUUUCCUGUGACACAUUGUCUUGUGACAUGAUUCGUACUAUCGUCACAUUUUCCUGUGACAUAAAAAGCUUUUACAUAUGCUCAUUUGACGUUUAAAUUUCCAGUUUCCACGUGUAUUUCUGAAAUACUGGAUAAAAAUUGUGAACCUAUUUUAUUUGUAAGACACUUGUGUUGAAUAGUACCCAAAAUAAAAUGGUUAUAAAAAUAUGAUAGAAUUUUACGAUAAAAAAUUGCCAGCAACUGGUUCAAGAGUACUUCAUUUUUGUUUGCAUCUGUAGAUAAAAGAAUGUAUAUUUAUUUAUUUAUAAUGUAACAUAAGGCUAUAUGCUUUAAACUAUGCAAUAUCGAAGAGUUCUUGUAGAAUAUGUGCAUGUGUAUUUUGUAUAAUGUGCUAAAGUUUGUUAAAAGUUCACUUACAUGUAAACGGGUAUUUUCCUUUUUCGCUUUUUAUGUGUAAAAAUUGUACAAAGUAGUGCUAAAAGGGAUUUUAAUCAAAACCAGGUUUACAAUAUGGUACUGUAAGUGGAAUAUUUUGUAGCUAGCAAUGACUGAUAAUAGAAUGUGGGGUAAAACGUGUUUAGAAAAUUUGUAUUUUCGGAUAUUUACAUUUAUACCAGUAAAUGUCUGGAAUUGGGAUCUUGUCAUUGCUGUUUAAUGUCAGUUCUUGGGAUAUGAGGGUGAAGGGGUUUGUGUAAUGUCCAUGGCCAGUUCUGAAAUUGUUAACAUGUAACUUACACAUGGGGUACUCUGUAUAUAGGAACAUUGAAUAAAAAAGUUACUUUGGGGUGGUUUAGUAUCUGUUUAAUACUUCGUGGUUGUAAAACUUGUUACAACAAAACCAGCUUCUGAUUAUGCAAAUUUAGGUCAAGGAAAACUAAAUUUACCAAAGAUAGAAUUAGACAGUUUAAACCACAAUACUACAUUGAAUAUUAAAUCCACUGAAUAUCAAAAUUCAGUACGAUUUUAUGUAAUGUUUGUUUGCAUUGAAACAUGACAUUGCAAGACAGCAAGUCAAAGAUAUAUAGACAAAAUGAUGCAGAUUUCAUAUUUGACACCAUUUUCUCCAUUAUCAAUUGCAGUUUCAAAACAAGGACAGUUAAGUUCAAAUUUCUUCACAGACAAAAUGGAUUGUAAAAUGGUGAAAUUUAACAUUCUCAAUUUUCUUUGAAAAAAAAAUAGCAUUCCUUUUGCAAAUGCAAAAAAAAAAAAAAAGAAUGAAGGUUAAGCAUUUAAUUUUCCAGACAAAUAUUUGUUGACAUUUACAUGUAAUUUGUAACUGGAGAUAUUUUUUACAUUUAAACAUUUAGGGCUGAAACAGAGGCUUCCUUUAUGGAUAAACUAGUUUACAUACUGUAAAAUCAUUUAAUUUCGUGGUCAUUAAAUUUCGUGGCUUUGGUCAAAAUGGCAAUUUCGUGGGGAUAUUAAUUCGUGGAUUUCAACAUUUGAACAUAAAUGAAUGGGAAUUUUACUUGUUCGUUGGGAUUAAAUUUUGUGGAUUGACUCAACCACGAAAUCCACGAAAAUUAGUCCCCCACAAAUAUUAAUGAUUUCACAGUAUAACAUUCCAGAUUUAACAUUUGGGUUGACUGGUUUAAUAUUUAGCCUGUUAUUACAAAUAGACUGGUUUAGCUUUUUAAAAAGCAUUCCAUUAGCUGAUAGACUUUGAUAUUUAGCCUUCUCGGUUUAAAAUUUAGCCUUUCAGAUUCAGAUAGGCUAGUGGAAUGUUUUGCCAUUCUGUUGCAAAUAGAUUGGUUACCAGUUACCUUCUCAUUUGCAGAUUGGCCGCUUUAAUACAUGUAUAUGGCCUUCUUAUAACAAAUAGACUGGUUUAAUAUUGAAUUGAAAGGUUGUGAAUCAUGUAUAUAUGGGAGCAUAGCACAGUGCAGUGUGAUAAUUUAACUGCUACAUUUAUUAACAGUCAAGCAUGUAUGCCUUCAUUAUAGAUAGAAUAUAUUACAAAUAGAUGUAUAUUUCAUUUUGUUAAAUCAUUGUUAUAUGAUAUUAAAAGCUUCCAGUAACACUUUUAA